UUCACAUCAAAUUUAUUCAAAAGAGAAUUUAUUGAUAAAAGCCGUCGUGAAACAUUUUGUUUUAUUUAAAUAUUUUAUUUCACGAAUAUUCAAGGUAUUUGGUGAAAUGUAUUUUAAAAUUUUAUUUUAUGGCGCGCGUAAAGAUGGCCGCGUGCCUCUCAUAAAAUUACGAAAGGACGCAACGAUUGCCGACUUAAAGAUUCUUAUGUCGAACCGGACCAAAAUUCCAGUUCAUCGUCAGCAAAUGGAAUUUAAUAAUGAAAAAUUAGCAAAUGGCACGCAUCUAUCAAAGAUCGCCCAGAUGUGCCAGGAGAUUAGCUCAAGGGGGAACGACUCCCCUGACAUUGAACUGUUCGACGAAAAAAAGCGCGUUUGCCGGUUGAGCUACCUCGCCGACAUUGGCUGCGGCUCACCAGAGAUGUCAUUGGAAUUUGACAUGGAUAUGGAUAUUGAAAUUCCCACAAGCAGCUUUGCUAAUCAGUGCAGUGUGGCUUCUUUUUACAGUGAUCCGAAAAGUAACAGUAUGUUGCGUGACGGUUGUUCGUCUGAUGAUUCCGCCAGCAACACUGAGGCCAGCAUCGAGACAAGCUCGGUCAACACAAGCACAAGCAGUGUGGACACGACAAAAGGCAGCAAGGUCGGCGAACUGCGUGGCAAGUACAGCUGUCCCCCAUUGGAGGUGGAAGAGGACAAGAAGUAUAGGGACAAAUGUGAUAUUUAUUGCUGCGUAAGCGACAAUCGCUUUCCUUAUGCCAAAGUGCUUCCUGAGGAUCGAAGGUAUGCAGUCAUGAUUGUAAACGAAGACAAUCCGGGAGACUGUGACUACAGGUGCAUUUUGAAGUCACUUUCGGAGAAGUUCUUGACAGCGCCAAACCCGCAUACCCUGAGUUUCAGCCAGUGCGCCCCGGCCGACGAAUUCGACUGUACCCUGAUGAUUGUGUGUGCAGAUGCGGAGACCCAGGACUGGCUAAUUCGGGUUGCUCGACCUCAGUGCCCCCCAUAUAAGUUUCAAACGUUUAUAAGGCAUUAUGACCUAGUCAGAUGUACGUUCGUACUUCCUUUAAUAGUGAAGCGCGACCUGUGCCGUAUUUUUUCUGUUCUGGAAAAUCAGAAUUGCGGGCUUGAUACCAGUAAAUGGUGCGUUAUAUCCCAGGUCACCCUCGACCCUUGCGGAAAAGAGUUUGAAAGAAAGGUAGUCUAUCCCGAUUGUCAGAACGACGAGGUCACCGUUUACAUUGAUGAAGAAAGCAUCGCCCACAUCUCAAACCAAUGCAAUAAGCUGAAAUACAUGCUUUGGCACCUCCCUGUCGACUUCUGCCCACUAGCGGGCUGUUAGGUGGGCUCUGUCUGUCUGUCUGUCUGUCUGUCUGUC